AUGUACAUGCAGAAUCAAGACCAAGCAUUGUAUCUUGCUUCUGAAGAAAAUAUCCCACUGGCAUCACGAUCUUGGCUCUGGAAAAAGAAAAGAAAUUCUGUCUUUCCUGAAGCUGAAAGCCAGAACAAAGCAGAGGUUUGGGUGCAAACAGUUAUCCCUUCAAGCUCUCAAGUAACUGAAGAUUCACUGAGGAGUGAUGUAGAACCUAAAUCACAGGCAACCAUUACCUCAUCUGUUCCUCUACCGGGCAGUGUUACUGCCUACUUGGAUGAAAUGCAAGUCCAUCCUUCAUGUGCUAUUAAAAGUAUUAUGAUUGAUGAAGAAACUGGACAGGUCGAAAUUGGGCAAGGAGAAUCUUGGCUGAACAAACUUAGAAUCAACAGGAACAAGUUGGCAUUUUUGAAGUGCCUGAUUGGGUGGAAAGGAAACAAAACAGCAGUGGAAAAAGGUAUUUUGACACAAAUAGAGUUACAUUGUCACGCAGAACAAAUAUUACGCUACACAACUACAACUGAACAUGGUUACCUUCCUCAAUGCAAAUUUUCUUUUUUCCUUUCAAGCACAUUUCAUGAACUACCCAUCUUGGUGAAGCUGUAUUAUGUGUUAUGCAGGAUGUCCGACUAG